AUGAGUUACUAUGACAAUUUUUAUGUCUAUGGUGGUAACAAAAAAGAACGAGAAGAACAGGAAGUAAAUAAUUACAUUCCAACUGAUUCAGUGGCAAUUAUUCCGAAUGCAAAAAGUUAUCAACCUGAUGACCAAUGUGAAUUACUAAUCCUAGCCCCGUUUAGUCCAGCUAAUGGUGCGCUUAUAUUCGAUUGUGACGGUCAAAUCUCACAACUAAUACGAUUUCAGAUAGAAUCUGGACCAGAUUUAACAACUGUCAAAUUUAAUAUAUCAAAAGAUUGGAUACCCAACGUCAGGGUUCACGCUGAACUAAUUGGCUCAAUCCCAAGAGAAAUUGAAAUGACCAACUCACCACAUCGCCCAGCAAUCGCUACUGGUUCAGUAUCACUAGAAAUAUCAAGAGAUAUUUAUAAAUUAAAUGUUUCGAUUAAUACAAAAGAACCAAAUAAAAUGUAUGCACCAUCAUCGAUCAUUCACAUAGAUGUCGACGUCAAACAAUAUAUAGAUAACAUACCUGUAAAAAAAGCAGAAGUUUGCUUAAUUGUUGUUGAUGAAGCAAUCUUAUCAUUAACUAAUCACAAACUAAAUAGUCUAUUAGAUAUAUUUUAUCCUACUCGAUCAGAAAAUAUCAGAGAUUACCACAGUAGAAAUGAGUGUUUACUAUUCAAUUCACAAUAUAUAGAACAACUGAAGAAAAAGAUAAAAGAAAGGCUGUACUCAGAUUCUGAGUGCGGCGGCGGCGGUGGUGGUGGUGGUGGCGGCGGUGAUGGUCCAUGGUGCCGUAAGAUGAAGUCAACCGGUCGUGGAGCUGAGCAAAAAAUAGCUGUUCGGUCGAACUUCAAUCCACUAGCAUGUUGGACACCCUCAUCAAUCACUGAUUCAUCAGGCCAUGUUUCAAUCGAAGUUAAAUUACCUGAUAAUCUAACACGCUAUCGUGUAUGGGCGUUGGCAACGAAUGAUAAGCAAUAUGGUUUAGAUGAAAUGUCAUUUACUGUACAACUACCAGUUAUGAUUCGACCUUCACUACCAAGAUUUCUGAACUAUGGAGAUACGGCGAAUUUCUUAGUUGUUUUGCAAAAUCAAACCAAUCUAUCAUUACUAUUACAUGCUGGUUUGAGAGUAACCAAUGCUAAAUUAUUAACAGCACAAACAAAUCAACCUGGAGUUGGUUAUUCAAUUGUACUACCACCAAAUAAACGAGCUGCUCUUACAUUUCCAAUAACAACAAUUCAUUCUGGUACAGCUCGAUGUCAGUUCAUGAUCAGUAGUCCGAAAAAUAAAACAUGUACAUCAUUUGAUGAUGCAAUUGAACUAAGUUUACCCGUAUUUACACCAGCAACGUCUGAAGCAUUUGCAACAUAUGGUGAUCUAUACGAAGAAGUUGUUUUACAACCUAUAAAGACACCAAAGAAUGUUCUUUCACAAUACGGUAAAUUAUCAAUAACAACAAGUUCAACAGCAUUAGCAUCAUUAACUGAUGCAAUUAUUUCACUUUAUACAUAUCCGUAUGAAUGUACAGAACAACUAAGUUCAAGAUUAUUAGGUAUACAAUCAUUAUGGGAUGUUUUGCAAGCAUUUCAUUGUAAAGAGUUUCCUGAUAUAUCAGUAUUGAAAACUAAAUUGCAAUCCGAUAUAAAUAUAUUAAAAGGUCGUCAGUAUCUAAAUGGUGGAUUUGGUUAUUGGACAAAUCGAAAUGAUUUUCAUGCUGAUCCAUAUAUGAGUAUACAUGCAGCACAUUGUCUUGCUGUUGUUGUGAAUAAAAAGAUAUUUGAUGUUGAUGAAGAUAUGCUGGAAAAUACGCUAAGAUAUCUUAAAAAUAUUGAAUCUGAAAUCGAUCAAUUACCAUACAGUAAGUAUUGGUCGGAAAAAACUCGAUUCAGUUUGAUGAGUUAUGCAUUAUAUGUACGAACAAAAUUUCUUCAAAAUAUGACUGACCAAGCUUUAGAAUUAUUUCAGCGAAGUGGAUUCGAUAAACUUACUUUAGAAGCAUUAGGAUGGUUAUUAGUUGCUUUAUCUGCUGAUAUAAUUCAUAAUAAUCAACAAACAAUUGAACUAAUAUACAAAUAUUUAAAAGGUAAAGUAAACGAAACGAGUGAAACAGCAAAUUUUAUCACAUCAUAUGGCGAUGAUGGUCAAUCGGUAAUGUUACAUUCAAAUCAAAGAACAGAUGCUAUUCUGUUAGAAUCAUUAUUAUAUAUUGAUCCAAACUCCACUCUUUGUACUAAACUGUGUAAAGGUUUACAAGCACAUAAAGUGAAAGGUGCAUGGAAAUCAACACAAGAAAAUUGUUAUGUAUUAAUUGCAUUAGAUAAAUAUUUUCAUAUGAAAGAAAAAGAUACACCAGAUUUUGUUGCUAAUAUUUGGCUUGACAAUGACUAUUGUGGUCAACAUCAAUAUAAAGGUAAGAUGGAAUCAAAAGAAAAAUGA